GCAGAACUUUGUACUACAACUUUUCACUGAAGCCAGGACCCCGAGCCGUCAGGGUUUGCACCUUACUUUUCUACAUGCAGACCCCUGGAAAACAUGCUGGCAAAGUGCGAAAACAUCCGGGAUGCUGUGAAGUCUCUUGUUGCUGGUUUCUGGAUAUUUUUCAGCGUCUGUUCUAUUGGUGUUCACGGCCAGGAGGGUAAUGGCUGCGGACACACAGUGCUGGGCCCAGAGUCUGGCACGUUGGCCUCUCAGAACUACCCGGGCACCUACCCCAGCAACACCUGGUGUAAGUGGAGGCUCCGGGUGCCAGAGGGGCGACUGCGACUGCUGUUCGGGGAUUUCGACAUCGAGAACAGUCCAGGGUGCAGAAACGGCUCUCUUGUGAUUAUAGACAAGAACGGAGAACAGAGUCUGGGUCCAGUGUGUGGGAGGCUUGAUGCAUCACAGAAGAAUCUGACUCUAAGAAGCAAUGAAGCGACAAUAAGUUUCAGGUCAGGCCCACACCGCUCAGGACGAGGGUUUCUACUGUCUUAUACCACAGACCGGUACCCAGAUCUCAUUUCUUGUUUACAACGAGGAUCUCAUUACAGCUGGCAGCUAUUGAGUGUGUACUGUCCUGCUGGGUGUAAGAAUGUCACAGGCGAUGUUUGGGGAAACUCUGAGCAAGGUUACAGAGAUACCUCAGUCCUAUGCAAGGCUGCAGUUCAUGCAGGAGCAGUGUCUGAUAGUCUGGGAGGUCAUGUCACUGUGAACCGUGGGAAAAGUAUUAAACUCUAUGAAUCCACCUUUGCCAACGGUGUCCUGUCAAAAAUGGGAUCAUUAUCUGAGAAGAAGCUGCUCUUCAGUCAAGAAUGUAACACCAUCCUGAGUGUGUCUGCUUUGAAUGCCUCAUCUUUCUGGGAUAAGAAGAGUCAAGAGCACACAAUGUUCUUACCAUGGACAGCAGACAGUAAUGACCAAGAGCCGUGGGUGGAGCUGGAGCUGAGUGACAGAAGCACAAUCACAGGAAUAAUAACAACAGGAUCAAACAAGUACUACAUAGAAUCCUUCAUUCUUCUUUUCAGCAAGGACAGAAAAAAUUGGAAGCUUUACAAAGGCGCUCUGAGCAAAGAAAAAAAGGUGUUUCAGGCCUACACUGACGGCCACCUUAGGGCGCUCAACAGCCUUUUCCCCCCAGUGGUGGCUCGGUUUGUCCGUUUGCAGCCGGUGAAAUGGCAAAGCAGAGCCUCAUCUCAGGUCCAGGUCCUGGGCUGUACUGCCAAAUUCACCCCAAGGUCACGCCCAGGAGCAGAAUCUCCAUCCAUCAAAGUGAACAUGGAUACACAGCCCAGCCCCACUCCGACCCCCACUGAGGGUCCAGUGUUAGUGGAGACGAGACUGAGCUCCAGUCAGCCAGUCAUAGUGGCAGUGGGAGUGGUCUUGGCGCUGAUAAUGUGUGGCAGUUGUUUGUUAGCUGGAGUCUGGUGGAAAAGAAGGAAAAAAGAAUCACAACUAAAGUACUCUCUGCCCACAACAGGUUGUCAAAGCUUUCAGUCAAAGAGUCUCCCCUGCUCCCAGUCCGAGCUUAUCUCCUACCCUCUGAAGAGAAAUGUCCAUGAUGCUCUGCCAAGCCCUCCCCUUAAUGACUAUGCCGAGCCUGCUGUUGGACAGAAAAUCGGGUCGACAUUCAGACCUUCCUCAGAAGAGGGCUACACAGCCCCCUUCACCUUCAGCCAUUAUGACACUCCUGGAAGCCUUCCAGAGUACGCUGAGCCUCUUCCCCCGGAGCCCGAGUACGCCACCCCAUUCAGCGAGCAGCCCUCUGAGUCACAUGGACCUCUUGUACCAGCACCCAGCGCCGGCACGAGGACAACAUCCAGCCGCUCUCAGUAUGACUGCCCUUCUCACAGAAUGCUGUCCAACGGCUACUGUACUCCCGCUCUUCAUGCUAACGGCCCACGCCCUGUCAGUGUGGUCUAUGCUGAACCCAAGUCACGUAACUCAUCCCUACAGAAGCACACGUAUGAAGAGCCUUUGUGAGCAGCUCGGACAUUGAGAAAAAGACUCUUCUUAGAGAGAUAAAUGUGUAAGGACCAGAGGGUGAUCUCAGCGGAACACAAAGCCAGACAGUGUUGUCCAGUGUGCUUACACUGACAGAGCUGCACCCCAGGGAUGAGCCAAAAGUCUACAAGGCACGGUGGACUACGUGUACAGUACACUGAUCUGAGAGCCAUAUGGAUGCAAAUAUUUUCUUUACACAGAUAUGUUGUUGUACAAAGAAAAUCCACGUUCAGUCAUGACUCAGAGGAACUGUUUAAUAGUGAGAUGUUUUAUCACAAGUUGCACUUUUAAAAAACACUUACAGCAAUGUAUUAAUGCAAAAACAAGUCUAUUGAAUAUGUUAAUUGUCCUCACAAAACUUUUUAUUCAUAAUGUAUCAUUUCGGCAUGUUUAAAAGAAACAUUUAUAAAGCACUAUAAAUGGUACAGAGUAACAAAGUGGUUAGAAUUGUUGCUGUGAUUGUGCAGAACCACUAGGUGGCACUCUAGAGCUGUUAACAUUUUAAAAGUGUAUUUAUUUGUCGGCUGGUUCUAACACUUCAGAUCAUUUUCAUCCAUUUCUAACAGAAUAAACAUUGCGUUAAAUUAAAACAAAGGCACGACAGGCAAGGUGGAGCUGUGAUCCAGAUGGAGGACUGAACAUUACAUGGAUUAGCAUGGACCACAGUGACCUUGACUAAGACACACCCACCGAUUCCAUCAUGUGGUCUAUUUAAUUUUUUAGGCUUCUGUGACUUUCUAUUAUUCCAUUGAAUGUCCAGUCAUUUUUGUUGGAGACAUGUUGGUGUUAACCACAUACAAUUACUAAAAACUUGAUUUAGAAAUCUGGAAAGAUGUUGCUUUUCAAGUUGAUUUUGAGACAAAGAAGAAGAAGAAUAUAUGAAAGACGUAAGAUUGUACUUUUUCCCCCUAAAACCAGGCCUUUUGUUGCAUCUAAAAAUGUCACUGAAACACUCCAUUACUUCCACAGCUGAAUAAUGCCCAAUAAAUCAACUUUGUUAAGAAAAUGAA